AUGACGACCGCAGCGGGCGUGGCGGAGCUUCGCGGCCUUCUGGAGUUGCACGCUUUCGACCAGGUGGCCUUCCGCGACUUCACACGGCAGAAGGGGCUCGGGAAGCUGCUGGCGAUGAAGGGCUUCGGCUCUGGGCUGGGGCCGGUGUCGGCCUUCGCCGGGGAGGCCUGGGAGGUGGCAAAGGGCUUCGACUGCUUGCUUUGGGAUGGCGAUUGGUUGAAGGAGGACAGCUUCACCAGCUUCGUCCCCGAGUUCUUGCGGGCCUCGCCGGCGCAUCAUGCCGUCGCUGUUCGCAAGGCCUCGGGCAAGCUGGAUGGGUUCCUGCAGUCCUGGAGCCAGGCAGGCCUGCUUGACCGCAUCUUCCUGGUGCUCGUCUCGGACGAAUGCGUGGAGGGCGCCCGGGCCGAGCUGCGGGGCCUCGGGGUGCCGGAGCCGGAUCUGGAGAACCUGUGCCUGGGCUGGCUGUCCAUGCGCGUCACAGGAGCCAAGCACAUCCUGGCCGUUGGCGGUGGCAGCACCACGGCACGCGAGGCCGAGGUCGCGUUGCGGCUCCCGGCCGGCGAGCGGCCGCGCUGGGCGGCGCUGCGACGCUGCCGCGUCCGAAACGGCGAGGAGGAGGAGCCCAAGGAACUUUUGGAGCUGCUUCAGAAGAGCCCCGAGCUCGCCCACAGCGCCGAGCAGGGAGGUCAGGGGAGUCAGCACGUGGGCACAGCGGCAGAGCUCAUCUGCAGCGAAUGUCUUGGUUCCGGCUCCGCCCGAGCAGUGAGUUCCAAUUUGUUCGGCAUGCCGAAGGCAGUUGAGCAAGAUGCCCCCACGGACAAAACCGUCAUCGAGACCAGCCCGCCCCAGGAAAGCAGCUUAGCUCGCCUUCGAAGGCGGGCGACGGAGUUUAUGAAUGCAUAUCUUCUUGGCUGUUGCAAUGCGGAGUCGGACACCGACACGGAAGAAGUCGUGUCUCGACUGCAAAGAAAAUGGAGCGACCUGAGCAUUGAGGAAAUUACGGCAGAGAUCGACUCCGUGCCAAUCACCUUCGUUGGCUCAGACCCGUCUGUUUUUAUGCCAGGUCGGAAGGUGAUUGUCAGUUAUCCGGGCAUGUAUGGAAGAGGAUGGAACUACCUUGUGAAGAACGCCUUGUUCGCAGACAAUGGCAAAGACACGAUAGCCACAACCUGCGUCUUCUUGCCAGACCAGUUCGACAAGAAGGCGAAGCAGACGAAGGAGACGCAGGAGACGCAGGAGACGCAGGAGACGCAGGAGACGAAGGAGAAGGAGACGAAGGAGACGAAUGAGACGAAGGAGACGAAGGAGACGAAGGAGACGAAGGAGGCAAAAGAAGCGGAGAAGGCCAAGAACAAAACGCCUGGAUAUGGUGAGCAUCGGUACCCGCACAAGCAAAGUGGUCCGAAGAAGCUUUGCCAUUGCCAUUUCCUCUACGAGGAGAAGAAGAAAUGGGGGUGUGCGUGGUUCUCACUCUGGAAAGAGAACACGCUGGCAGCACAUCGUGCCGGUUGCCAGCUGAUCGUCGUGAGAAAGCUUGAUGGGACCCUGGGCAACUCUCAAAAGGGCGAAGUCCAGUACCUCAACAAGUCAAAGUUCGCGUACAAAGCGGUGAACAUUGAGGACUUUGCCCGCAUGAUGAAGAGUAAGGGCACGAUAGAUCUUAGCAAUGCUUGCGAGCCAGACUUGAAGGGUUUGUCGGAACUGCCUGACGAGCUGGGAGACGAUCAGACUUCGCCAAGUCACAAGAAGGCAUGA